CUUGCCGUAGCUUCAUCCGGUGGAUGACCGAACGACGCGCCUGUGUUAAAAUCGAAGUUGCUAGACUGUGGCAUCGAUCAGUACGAAAUUGUUGGGGCAGCACUACUUGAUAUAAGAAGGCUUCUUAAUUUGGUAUUUUUUCAAUAGCCUUUGAUUAUACUUAAACAAUAAAAUGGAGACAAGGGUUGAAGGAGGUGCUAUAUUUACUUGUGAAACUUGUAGCCUGUCAACGCCGUUCACAUACUUCGGUCAGAAACCUCCCAACACAAGAGCCAUAGUGCUCUUGGAAGAAUCAUAUGUGUUGAAGGAUCCUUUCAGCCCUGACAGAGAAAAGUUUAUCGUUUUGGGCUCGAGUUGCACCGUGUGCAGUAAGGUGGUUUGCGUCGGGACGGAGUGCAGUCUGUUUUACACCAGGCGAUUUUGUCUGCCAUGUGUGAGAGAAAAUCUGGACCAGUUCCCACAACAGAUUCAGGUUGAACUGGCGAAAAAGAAAGCACCUCUUCACACAUAGACUCAACAAGGAGGUUGUAGCCUACGUACGUGUUCCCUCAAAGGUCACAAAAUGGCAGCAGACUUUGUCUCCAGAAUGGCCUUGGUCUCCUGCUCUGAUAUGGGGGUAUCUGCUCUGAUAUGGGGGUAUCUGCUCUGAUAAACACUAAUCUUCAGAUAGAAACAUUCAGGUGACUUCCACAGGACACGAAUCAUCAUCAGCAAAGGGCCAUACUAAUGUAGUGUAUGGGACCGUCAAGGUUAUUCAUUAUUUGAUUAAACUUAUGUAUAGGUUGUUGUUGACAUUUACAAUUAAUGUAAUCUCACAUUGAUGAGCUGUAGCCCAAACAUUAUGUGACAGAGUUUUGAUCUUUUACUGAGUGAUUUGAUAUUUUGAUGAUUUGGGGUGCAAAUAUAAUAAAAAGGUUGUCUACCAUUACCAGCACAGACACAUACAUGUGUUGACUGGAAAAUGUAAAUAUGUAUGUAGAGAAAGUCUCAAUAAAGUUGAAAUCAUAUUUAAAAUCA